AAAGAACCAGUCAAAUGUACAAGAGUUCAAUUCACUGUUUAUCAAAGAUGUGUGUUGGAGAAGACAUUUUCUCUGUCACAGUAUAUUUCAGCUCAGAAACGCCUAGCAUUAUCUCAAGAACUGGGAAUUUCAUGUGAAAAAAUCCAGGUAGAUCUUAGCACUAAAUCAUUCUGCUCUCGUUUUUAGAUGGAAAAACAACACCAAAGAUCACUUCUUUCAUUGAAUACAUUAUAAUAGUUAGAAGAUUGUCAUGAAAGCAAGUAGCUUGAAGAUUCUGUCCAAACUGGACAAUUCUCAUAGAGUCCGAUUUGAGCGCAAUUUCAAAAAUGAUGUGUAAAGUAGAAUUGCCCUAAUGUUUUUCAAGUAAUGUGUCACGGUAUUGUACCCAUGUUGUGCGUGUCAUUUCUUGCUCCUCACCGAUCCCAAUUAAGUGAUUUUCUCAAAAACCUUUUGAUUUAAAGAGACAUCAUACAUUCAAAACAUCUCCACUGUCUUCAUAUUAAUUGAAACCAUCAUUGCAUUUACACAGAGGGAGGGAGGGAGGGAGAGUCGCUAUGAGAUCUUGAGAGUAAUAAGGAGGUGGAGGAGGCGCAGGUGAAAGGAAAUGACGUCAUUAGGGCCAAUCUCAAAAUUUAACCAAUCAACAUGUUAAGGACUUGCACGACAUCAGCCCUUGACCUUGGCAUCCUAACUGGUGUACAGUACACGUAAAGGAAGAGAAGUGAUUACGUUAAAUAGCCACCAAUCAUAUCAUGACCGGCCAUUCCCUGCUUUGUUCGUCUAAAUUUAGAUUCAUAAUUAUUUGCGCAUCAUCAGCCCUUAACUUUGGCUUCCAAAACACCAAUUAUUUUCUUCUAAAUUCAUUCUCGCAUUCCUCCGUCCACAGAGAAAAUCAGCAUCAAGGACAAUAUUAAUUCGAACAUCUUGUAUUUCUUUUUAAGACUUGGUUCAAGAACAGACGUGUGAAAUGGCGGAAAGAAGAGCGACAGACCGGUGAGGGCUUAACUCCUGCAUCCCUUAGGACUGGUCCCUACUUUACCUAUUUGGGUCACGUGCCAUAUCCUAAUAGCAAACUUAUGGUGCGUGAUGCACGGAUGUUGCUUGGUUCUCCACAAGCCUCGUACAUCAGCAAAUCAUAG